ACUAUAAUAUACUCUUACUCGUAAAAAAAAUGAAAAUCAAGUCUUUAAUCUUCGUAUUUUUUUCUUGUGCGAUGUUUAUUAUAUUUAUUGUGGCAAUUGAGUCAUUCAAAGAUGAGAAACAAUUUGACGUAGCAAAAGAAUUCCAAAGUGAAAUUUUGUAUCAUUAUAAAAAACCUUGGACCUUUAUGCGUAGUUAUCCAAAAACAUCUAAGUAUGAUAAUGGAGUAAAGAAAGGUGAAGUUCCCUAUGGUGGAAUAGGCUCAAUAGAAAAGGAUGGUGAAGGAGGUGCACAAGACGAAGAUGAACAAAAAGUGAAAAAAAGGAAAGCAAAAAGAAAAGGUGAACGACAAGGUGUUGUUAGAUCAAAGUACAUAUGAAAAGCCCCCAAAAACAAUGUCAUCACUCCUUCAAUUUUCUCUAAUCUAUUGAGUGUAUUUCUUUUGAUA